AUGGCGCCCCAGCCUGACGUCGAGUUGGCCGACGUGAUCGCGCCCGUCGACUCUAAAAGCGCUUCGGAACCCGUCAAGACUUCCCUGAAAGCCCAUGAUCCGUUCCUCGUGGAGUUCGACCAACAGUUCGACGCGGACAACCCCAAGGACUGGCCGACGGGACGAAAAUGGGCCGUCACAGAUGUUCUCUCCGCGACCGCGUUCAAUCGCAUCAUGGUCUCCACCAUCAUGGCACCAGCCCUUUCGACAAUCGGCCAUGAACUCCACAUGUCUCCCACUGAGUCUGCAAUGUCUCUAUCUAUAUUUCUGCUCGCAACGGCGUUUGGCCCUCUCUUCAUAGGGCCACUAUCUGAGAUAUAUGGCCGACAGCCAGUUCUCCAUGGCUCCAACGUAUGGUUUCUCGUGUGGAAUAUCGCAUGCGGAUUCGCGAAUUCGAAGCAUCUUUUGAUUGGCGCGAGGUUUUUGGCUGGGUUCGGGGCCAGCUCGAUUUAUGCACUUGCUGGAGGUGUCAUGGCGGACUUGUGGAGACCGGAGCAACGGGGUCGGUCGCUGGCGAUGUAUAUUCUGAUUCCCAUACUCGGAGCCGCUGUCGGUCCCAUCAUAGGCGGCUUCAUGGCCGGUAGAACGACAUGGAGAUGGAUGUUCUGGUCCACGUCGAUAUUCCAAGCCGUCAUGACCGUCGUCUCCAUGACAGUCUUCCGCGAGACGUAUGCUCCGACAAUCCUCAAACGCCGUGCCAAGGCACUUCGGGAGCAAACGAAAAAUGACGCAUACUACACAAGCUACGAGCGAGCGGAAGAAAAGGAUUCGAAGAUGCUCGUGCUGAGGCGUGCUCUUACCAGACCGCUGUGGCUCCUCGCAUUCGACCCAAUCGCACAGGCGACUUCGAUCAUAUCUGGCGUCGGGUACGGCACGCUAUACGUAUUCCUCUCCAGCUUCUCUGAGCUCUGGAUUAAGCAGUACCAUAUGUCCGUCGAGAAGAGCGGGCUUCACUACAUUGCGUGUGCUCUUGGAGAGGUGGCUGGGAGCCAAAUAGGCGGUCCCUUGAUAGACUACCUGUACAAGAGGCAGCUGGCGAAAUCUCAAGGAGACAUACAGCCCGAAUCAAGGGUACUCCUCAUGAUUCCGUGUGCACUACUCACCCCGAUCGGAAUCCUCAUCUACGGCUGGACUGCUCAGUAUAAAGUCUCGUGGAUUGCCGUGGACGUCGGAAUGUUCCUGACUAUGUUCACGAUCCAACUCGGCAGCCUACCGAUGCAAGCUUAUAUCAUGGACAUCUACCAGAACUACACGAGUAGUGCGUUGUCGGCGACUCAGUUUCUCAGGAGCCUUACCGCGUUCUUGUUUCCACUCUUCGCGCCGUCCUUGUACAGUCGACUCGGCUACGGAUGGGGCAAUACCCUUAUUGCUAUAUUGGGAUUGCUCGUCAAUCUAUGCGCGCCUUGGGUACUCUGGGCGUAUGGCGCGCGGUUCCGGGCGAAGGGGUCGUCGGUUCGGUAG